GUUUCCUACGUUUCGAAGACCACGAACAACGUCGCUGAAUAUCGCGCUCUCCUUAACGGCCUGCGUUAUUCGGUACAGCACUCAAUGGUGGGAUUGCAUAUUGUUGGCGACAGCAAUCUCAUCCUAACACAAUUGCAGAAGCGACGGGUACCAAGGGCUCGUCACUUACAAGGACUUUACGGACAGUGCCGGGUGCUGGCGGACCGACUGAUGGUGUCUUCAUGGUCACAUCACCUGCGGCACUUCAACAAAGCAGCGGACGGCCUAGCAAACAUUGCUAUGGACACCAAACAAAGCAAGCAGGCGACGGCGGAAGAUAUCUCCCGCUUACCGCCGCAGUGGACAACCGUACUCGAGUCCCUCCAAGCGGACGUUGAGCACUGGAUGGACACCAACCCGGAUCGGGAGGGCAUUGGCCGGGCCUCCCCUCGCACUGGCGCACCGUAA